UUAGCAGAUAUGCAAUUGUUGUGUGCGUGUGCGUAUUAUGUUCAAAAAAACUGUCGAAGCUAGAAGUGCAGUUGAAUCAAGAGAGCUUUUAUCGUUUUAUGCUUUAUGAUUUGACUUUUUUCUAAACAGUAUUAUAUAUUUUUUAUUUAAGAUGUCUACUUACUUUUUUUAUACGUUGUUUUAUUGUUUAAUAUCUGGUUGCAUUAUUUAUCCUCCAGUUGAAUUUGUUUCUACUGGUCUAACAAUAAAGACUAUAUUUGCAAACUGGUUGGGCAGUGAAACUGAAUCAUUUAUAAAUUAUCAUAUUAGAAGAAGCGUAAUUACGUUAUUCAUUCAUUCCUUAUUGCCAUUUGGCUAUAUUUUAGGUUUGAUAUUAUUUGGUCAUGUUGAUGCACAAAAAAUACAAUUGUUCUAUCAAAGUCCACUAUGGUCAAUUCUUAUUAUUGUUACGAUAGCAGGACCAGCAUAUAUUUUAUAUACAAUUUUUAAAUGGUCAGAAAACAAUUGGAAGAUGCAUCCAAUAGUACAAAAUCUUUCAAUUUAUUGUGAUGAUAAUACUAAUUGGAUGUCUGUUGCUUCUGAGAUUGAUAUAGAAUAUAGAAGAAUAGAUAAAAUUUUAAUUGAUACAAGUAGUGUAACUAGAGUUAUUGUAACAGAUAAUUGGAUAAUUAAAAUAACUUCUUAUAAGUUAUAUAUUGCACGGCAAAGUGAUACUGCUUUAAUAGUAAGCAAAAGUGAUACUCAUGCCAUGUCUCAUACAGCUAGAGGUGAAGUCCAGUUUAUUAAUAUUGAGGUGAAACCUACCAGAAUAAGAGCAGAAGCGUUUGAUAUAAGAAUAAGUACAUUUACUUUCAAGGAUUUGCAAGACAAAGUACAACAACCAAUAGUCAUUUUACAAGAUGUUACUUUUCAUAAAACAUUAUUGGAUAGAUUUAUUGAUGUCUUCAAAGAACAAGCAUUAGAAAAUCCUUUUUAUGAAACUACACAGGAAUUAGAGAAUUGUAUUGGAUGUAUGCAAGUACGAUCUAAUGUAAAAUUAAAUAAAUGUUGUGGAAGUAUUACUGAAAGACCAAAUUCUGACGAAUGUACAAUUUGUCAUUGUCGGCCGAUGUGGUGUAUUGAAUGUAUGGCAAAAUGGUUUGCAUCAAGACAAGAUGAAAAUACACCAGAAAUAUGGUUGUCUUCUAAAUGUACUUGCCCUGUAUGCAGAGCAAAAUUUUGUCUUUUAGAUGUAUGUCCUGUACAAACUGUAAAUCAAUAACAUAUGAAGUACAACUGUAUUAAUAUAUAUUAAUAUAUUAGAUCAAUUCUAUAUUCUUUCUAUGCAGAUAUAUUUUUAAAAAUAUUAAAUCAAAAUUUAUAAUUUUUUAUAAGAUAAAAAUGUAUCUCUUUCAUAAAUAAGAACGUAAAUAAUAGCAAUAUA